AUGGUCGCCAGCGCCAACGCAGACCUCUACACGCCGUUCCCCCACCCCGGCCCCCACUUUGACGACUCGGGGCCCCAGUCCAGCGAGGACGGCUCCGGCCUCCACUCCCCCAUCUACGACUCCGCCUUCCACCCAGACAUCCGAUAUCACGGCCCCGCCGUCGCCGAGACCCUCCCCACCAUCCCCCAGCCGUACGACAGCCACUACGCCCUCCCCACCGCCCGCAUCGCCGCCGACGCCGCCCACCCCUUCCUCCGCGCCCUCGACGUCCCCGCCAGCCCGCACGCCGGCCACGCCCACCGCCCCCAGCCGCCGUCCCCCGACCGCUCCCUCCUCAUGUUCAACAGCCCCGGCUCCCUCCCGCGCCUCCCGCCCCCCAACCCCGGCGUCAUGGACUACUCCUACAGCUUCCACGACCGGCGCCUCCCCGAGCCGCACAGCAGCUCGUACCACAAGCCCAUCCACCCGCUCGCCAGCCCCGACGCCGCGCGCCCGCUCCCUGCCCCGUCGUACAGAAACGACGAGCCGUCGCCCAGCACCUCCGCGUCGCGCGAGACCCGCAAACCGAGCUCCAUGACCGUCAUCGCCUGCCGGCAGUGCCGCGCGCGCAAGAUCCGGUGCGACUCGACGCGCCCGAUGUGCAACAACUGCCUCAAGCGCGGGAACGAGUGCGAGUACGACGCGGUGCCCAAGCGGCGCGGGCCGGACAAGCACCCCGGCACGCGCCAGCGCUCGUGCAAGAAGCGCGCCGCGGACGACGGCGCGCCCGGCGCGAAUAAGAAGAAGAGGAGGACGGUCAGCGAGCAGUCUGCGACGCCCGAGGUGAAGGAGAACGUUUCGGGCGGGCGGCGCUCGCCCAACCAGAAGCCGAUGCUCGACGCCCCGCUCCUGCAGGCCCCCGCGCCCCCGACGGCCACGUCCAUCCUCGAGCUGCCCCUCCCGGGUAUGAACCCCGACCACGCAAAGUCGACGACGCCUUACGGCUCCGUCCCGACGCCAUACCGGCGGGGCUCCGCGUACGACGUCCUCGAGGACCAGAAGGGCCUCGUGAACGUCCACCGCUCGCCGCAGGGCGAUGUCAAGCUCUCCCCGCCCUCGGGCGAGUACCAGCACCCGCGCAAGACAUGGUGGGACGAGCUCGUCGCGACGUACACGCCCUCGCAGGAGCAAUCGGUCAAAGCCAUCAACGAAGAUCUCGCGUUCCUAUUCAACACGACGAACCUCCUGCUCGCGUUCAUCAACGUGCCGAACUUCCUGCGCGCGCUGAACGACCCUACCGAGCGCGAGCGCACGCAGCCCGCGCUCGUGUACGCCGCGCUCGCGGUCGCGACGCUGCUCAAGAGCAGCGAGGUCGAGCUCGGCGCGAGCGGGCGCCAGCGCGCGCUGUGGUUCCGCCAGGCGGCGCAGGCGGCCCUCGAGAGCUCGUGGACGAGCCAGUGGGUCGAUUCGGGCUUGGCUGCGGCGGCGCUGCUCCUCGCCAUCUUCGAGACCUCCGCGCACCCGCACUACUCGCCCGAGGGCGUGUCCGCCUCGCUCUCCUUCCUCGACUCCAUCAUCCGCACGCUCAACCUCACCGCGAUCGACGCGCACGACCCCGAUGUCUCCACGUUCGCUCGUGGGCGCGUGCCGGUCGUCUACCGCUCCACGCGCUACCCCGCGGCGAAGGAGUGCUCGUGCCGCCCGCUGCUCGAGGAGGAGCAGCUCGCGUAUACGUGGUCGUCGACACCCGCGUGGGACCCCGCGUGGACGGAUAGCGAGAUUAGGCGGGAGGAGUGCAGGCGGCUGUGUUGGAGCGCGCUGGGCUUGGUGUCGGAUUAUGUGGCGCAGUGCGCGCUCACGCAGGAGAAGCCGCCGAAUUUGUUCCUCGCGGAUCCGUCGAAUUAUAAGCUGCUCUUCCCGGGCGAGAUGCUAAGUCGCAGUCUGGCGCAUCAUAAUGGCCAGUCGCCGAAAGAGUCGGUUUGGGCGCUGCAUAGCCGCAGCAUGCUCCUGUGGAAUAGCUGCCAGAUCCUCCGCGAUAGCUCAAUCAGGAACGAGGAGAGGGCGGAAUUCGCCAUCCAAGCAUGGGGCGAGGCGGAGGCGAUCUCGCAGGCCAUCGAUCGACAUACAUGCAAUGUCGACACGGCGCUCAUAUACGCCUGCAGAGAGUUUGUGUACAAUACCCGGUUGACGGUCACUCAUAAUUUACGCCGGUUGGUCCCAUAUUCUGAGAUCGAUUCAAAUUCGAUGUUUAACAGGAAACAUGCGGAGGAGUGGUUGCACUAUCAGGAGCAGUUGGCGAAGCGCGUCAAGGCGUCCAUCCACCACCUCAGCGAGGCGGAAGGGCAGCUGCUGACGAGAAGGCCCUUCUGCGUCACUUGGUUUGCCAGCCAGAUCUCUACGUGCCUCUCCCUUUGGCGUCGAGAUCGAGGCCUAGUGCAUGCUCUGGAGUUAGCCAAGUCCUUCCUUGUUCCCCUUGACGUCUUGAACGCUCUAUGGCCAUGCCCUAACCAAAAGAGCAGAUGCGAUGAUCUUCGUGACAGUCUAGAUGAAGCUUGCGCGUCGGCGGGUAUCCCGCCCCCAUUACCGGCCCAUUAUUCCCUGCCGCCGAUGCUACGCCAAUAGGCUGGACAGCUCACCUCUUCAUUGCUACUCCGUGGGACAUGAUAUUCCCUCGAUACCACUGCUUUGCUUAUUUGUCCCAUGCUGUAGCCUACUGCUGUAUCAUUGAUUUUCGCCUUCUUCGCUGACUCGCAGUUUGUAUGUUUAUUUAAUCCGUUCACCUUAUUUCGUACCUUAACACUGUUCACUUCUGUAUGACAUCAUGACGGGUUCAAUAUCAUAACCUUCGAAUUCUCAUUUGACAAUG